AUGUCGAAUCACCAAGAUGGAUGUUCGUCUCGAACGGGCGGCGCCAAUCGAGAGUGUGAUUGCACGGAAGAUUUAUCGGAAACCGAAAAAUUGUGGAACGAUUUUGAAGGCUGUGCUCAAGCAGUUGCUCGCCUUUACGGGGACUCUUCCUGGAAGAAUUUUCGAGGCGCUGCAGAAGGAACGACGCAGUUAUAUAAGACUUCAACUGACAUAUAUCGCCGAGGGUUUGAAAAGGGUUACUCAUCAGGAUGUACUAGUGUGGCUAAGGAAAUAUUCCAAGCAUUUCGAGAUCCUGCUCAAGUUGAUAUGAAUAUAGUUCUUGAAGUCUUAUAUAGGAACAUGGCGAUUCCUAACGAUGAAAUGUUAACUGUUGAUACGCAUAAUAGGUUCUCUCCAGAGACUUUAGCUGCUGUGGAGCUGUUUCAAAAGGCUCUUAUCCAUAAGACAACUCCAUUGAGCACUUUGAGCUCCCCACUUCCGCUGUCUGCUGCUUUGCCUCCACCACCCCCUCCUCCACCACGACCGGAUUCACUAGAUCAAUUUUUGGCCAACCAGGUGCAACGUCAUAGGAAGCGUCAAAGAACGCCUACUCGAACAUUGUCGCCCAACUCUCAAUUGAAGCGUCAACGACGUCAUUAA